GGCGACACAAUCAUUUCUCUUUGAUUUACCCUUGUGGUGAUCGGAGAAACGAAUGCCAACAGUGGGAAGGUACAAUACCUCCUUUGUCCCACACGUGCCGCAUUGAGUACAGGAGCGAAACUGAUGAGUCCUGCAAUGAGUGCGUUUGCACUGAGUAGUAUCAUGAUGUUUACUUUGUGCAAUAGCGAGCCUGUACCCAUGGAGCACCUCACUUUGCAUGGAGUGGAGACGUUUGUCAACUGGUCGAACGAACAGGACGACCAAGAGGUCAUGACGGUCAUGUUGUUGUUUCAUGGAUGCAACAAUCAGGGCUACGACUGGUUUCGGAAGCCAGAGGAGAUCAGCUUUUUGCGUGAAGCCCUCUCGCAUACGAUAUCUCUAGUGGCAUUCACAACGCCUCGGCAUCGAGGGAACUUUUGCUGGCCAAGCGAAGGCAGCGAAUUUGAAGAAGUCAGAGAUUUGAUCGGCAAAGCGCUCUUGGAACUACUGCAGCUGAAAGCGAAGAGUGCCUCCAUUGCCUCCAGUGCCUCCAGCUCAUUGAUUUUGGUUGGAGCAUCUUCAGGUGGCAACUUUGCGUCACGGCUACCAGCCGCGUGGAGCAAGUUGCAGAUGAUAAAGGUUGCUGCUUUCCUUUCAGUGGUCUCGCCCACCAGCUUUGUGAGGAAAGCAGAGCUAGUGGAAGAACCUGGGCCAGACUUUCCUCCAACCGGUUUGGUGUACAUGCCCAAGGACAAGACAUUUGCCUCAGAGGAAGCUGUAGCGACAUUGUUGCAGAGUCUUCAUGGAGCUGGAGUUGCUGCAAAGGCCUGGCCAGUGGCCCCGCGGCCAGUGACUCCUCGUGAUCUUUCUGCACGCCUUAAACUCGCUGGCAUCUCUGUGAAGGAGGAGUCUGCCAAUGAGUUCAUGGAGGCUUUGGUAGACAUGGAGCUGGUGAAGGACGGUGAGGUAAUGGAGGAUCCACGCCGAGUUCCGUGGCACAGAGCUGUGGGACUUUUAGACAAGGACACUCCGCUGAGAGGAGAGCGCCGGCAGCAUCGACUUCGAUGUGUGGAGGAAAUCCUCAACCGAGCCUGGGCGCAGCAUGAAUUUGGCAGCGACGCAGAGGUCCUACAAUGGCUGUUGUCACAUGCACAUGGGCAGGUUGGUGUGAGAACCCAUCAUGAACUUUGAAACGGUGACGGAUUUGGAUGAUGUCCGUGUGACAUCAUUUGAGCUCAGGUCAGAAGGGGAGUCUGAUCAUGGCAAACACUGCCAAUGGCUUCGCGGCCGAAGAGGAGGGACAAGAUCGUCUACAGGAGCAUCCCACCAGCUACGAGGAACUCAUAGAGAAGGUGAUGCUUCCUGAAUUCCAAGUCAAACCAGCUGAGACUUUGCGGGUUAAAACAUGUUAAAACCAUAUCCUCGGAUGUUCAAAAUGACGGCCAAAA